GUACAAAUCAUUCGAUACAGGUUGAAAAUCAGAAAAAUACUUUACCAUGUCGAAAACAAACGAACCAUACUUUUUUGAAAAGUACUUCCCAUCAAGUUAUCAUCUAACAUUUCACGCGCCGAUCCAAAGAUAUCCAGGACCAUUAGGUUAUAAUCGCGAAGAGCUCGAGCAAAAAUCGAAAAUCUCCAAGGAUGAAUUUCGUGUGUUUUUGGACGUGAAAGAUUUUACACCGGAAGAUUUGAGUGUGAAAACGAUUGACGAAACGGUUAUCAUUGAGGGCCGACAGAAGAAAGCAUAUGGAAGAUUGCCGAGCACAUUUCAUCGCCAAUUUAGAUUGCCGGAAUUUUUUGAUUCGGAAGAUGUCAUCGCACGAAUGUCGGACGAUCAUAUUUUAGAGAUUCGAGCCAAACCAUCGACACAGAAAAAGUUCCGCCAUUUAGAAGAAUUGAAAACAAUGGACAACGUUAAUAGAGUUAAGUAAAGAUUGUUCAACACAUUAUUGUCGAUUUCUUUUUGCUGCUGAAACACAACGCUUGCCAAUGGAUUUUCUCUGAACUUUUUGCGAAAAUUUAAUUUUAAAAAAAUUGUCAUUUAUUUUGAAGAAAUCGUUGAAAAUUAUAAUUAAAGUUUCAGUGAUACGAUAUGUCCAACAAAAUGCAUGGGAAUGUUUAGAAAUCUUUUUUGUAGAUUUUUU